CUGCAGCUGCUGUUGCUAGUACAGUACAGUAGUAGCAGGAACGUAGCAACUCCGCCCCUGUCCCUGUAGAGGGCGCUGCUCCCCUCGCCUCUUCCAUUCUACGGAAACUCCGCAAAACGGGCGGGGAAAGAGAGCGAGAGGACAAGAGAGGGUGGGCGGGGAGGUUCUCCUUUCACCAGACGUCACGUGAUGCCGGAAAGCUUUUAGGGCCAAGGAAUGGGGUAGAAAGGGAAAGCUCUCGCACGCGGUUUCAAGAGAAGCUCUGCCGUUUGGUCGCGCGCCUUCUGAGGGCUGCCUGCCACUAGGGGGCGCCCCCUCAGGGCAAGACGGCCAGCUGGUUGUGAGCGAGCGUUCCUUGAUCGAACGUUUCGGAAAAGGAGAGAGGGAGAGAGAGAGAGCGCGCGAGUGAAAGCCUCACUAUGAAGCAAGGUGGAUGGCAAAAGCGAGCAAGUAACAGAGAUGGCUGGGGGCCAUGGGGAGGGUAUAUGUCUGCCAAAGUCCAGAAACUGGAAGAUCAGUUCCGUUCAGAUGCAGCUAUGCAACUUCAAAAAGAUGGGACUUCCUCCAGUAUCUUCAGUGGAGUUGCUAUCUAUGUCAAUGGCUAUACAGAUCCUUCAGCUGAUGAGCUAAGGCAGCUAAUGAUGUUGCAUGGGGGUCAAUAUCAUGUAUAUUAUUCUAGAUCCCAAACAACGCACAUUAUUGCUACAAAUCUUCCAAAUGCCAAAAUCAAGGAACUCAAAAGGGAAAAAGUUGUGCGACCAGAAUGGAUAACAGAUAGCAUAAAAGCUGGACAACUUCUUUCAUACAUUCCAUAUCAGCUUUACACAAAACAGUCAAGUAUUCAGAAAGGCCUCCGGUUUAAUACAAUAUGCAAACCUGAAGAUCCGGUCCCAGGUCCUAGCAAUACCUCUGUGGAGCUCAACAGGGUAAAUUGUCUAGUAAAGAAGUACGAUAAUGAAAUCAAAGCCAAUGGAAUGAGUAGAUUGAAGAAGGAAGAGGAAACUGAAGAUGAGGAAUUCUCAGAGUUGGAGCAGGCCUUCUCUGGUAGCAAGCAAAAUGGAAUUCAUCAUAGAGACAGCUUUUCCAUUUUUAAUGGAAACACUCAUAGUUCCAGCAGUGCCUUAAAGACACAGGAUAGCAUGGUGCCUUCUGGCCACAAUGUUACAAGCAGACUGUCACCAGGUCCUGUGCAAGAAGAUGAAAGGAGGGAAAUUGCUGACUUUAGAGACUGCUCUAUGCAGCAUUUUCAACAAAGCAACAAAAAUACAGAACUUUUACAGAAUGUGCACAGGACUAUGAGUAAUUCAUCUUUUUCAUCUUUGCACAGUAAUAUUAAAAUAAAUGGUGCUCAUCAUUCUACUGUUCAGGGGCCUUCAAGCACAAAAAGCACUACUUCAGUAUCUGCUCCUAGUAAGGUAGAUUCAUCACCUCUGUCCAAAUCUAGCAGCAGUUUCAUUUCUGAUUUUUACUCUCAUUCAAGAUUGCAUCAUAUAUCUACCUGGAAGUGUGAAUUUACAGAAUUUGUCAACACGCUGCAGCGGCGAAAUAGUGCUAUCUUCCCAGGAAGAGAAAAAUUAAAAAAAUUAAAAGCAGGGCAAUCUACUGUUAAUAAAACUAAUUCAGAUAACAUAUCCAUUUUGAACUCAACCAAGCAUCAGAGUUGCAUAAUGCAUGUGGAUAUGGAUUGCUUCUUUGUAUCAGUGGGAAUCCGAGACAGGCCAGACCUCAAAGGGAAACCAGUGGCUGUCACAAGUAAUAGAGGAUCAGGAAAAGCACUGUUACGUCCUGGUGCAAACCCACAGCUGGAAUGGCAAUAUUACCAGAAUAAACUCUUGAAUGGCAAAGCAGAAACGGAUGAACUGAGCUCAACAGAUGAGGACAAUCAAGACUCUGCACAAGUGAAUGGAGUAGAUUUUGAUCUUUCUGUGCCAUCAAUGGCUGAAAUUGCAUCAUGUAGUUACGAAGCCAGGCAAGCUGGUGUACGGAAUGGAAUGUUUUUUGGACAAGCAAAACGAUUGUGUCCAAAUCUUCAAGCUGUCCCCUAUGAUUUUCAGGCAUAUAAAGAAGUUGCCAAAACCAUGUAUGAAACCCUUGCAAGCUAUACUUACAACAUUGAAGCUGUCAGUUGUGAUGAAGCACUAGUAGACAUUACUGAACUCCUUCAAGAGACUGGAUUGACAUCAGAGGAACUAGCACAUGUUAUCCGUACUGAAAUAAAAAACAAGACCAAAUGUCCUGCUUCAAUUGGAAUAAGUUCAAAUAUUUUACUGGCCAGAAUGGCAACUCGUCAAGCAAAGCCAGAUGGACAGUAUCACUUAAAGUCAGAAGAAGUGGAUGAUUUUAUCAGAAGCCAGCUAAUUAUUAAUCUUCCAGGAGUUGGUAGAACAAUGGAAUCUAAGUUGUCAUCAUUGGGUGUUAAAACUUGUGGAGACCUGCAAUGUGUCACAAUGUCAAAACUUCAAAAAGAAUUUGGUCCCAAAACUGGACAAAUGCUUUAUAGAUUCUGCCGUGGAUUGGAUGAUAGACCGGUUCAAAGAGAGAAAAAGAGAAAAUCUGUUUCAGCUGAGAUCAACUAUGGUAUAAGAUUUACCCAGCCACAAGAAGCAGAAGCCUUUCUUUUGAGUCUUUCAGAAGAGAUUCAAUGUAGAUUGGAAGCUGCAGGUAUGAAAGGUAAACGAUUAACUCUGAAAGUCAUGAUAAGAAAAGCUGGAGCUCCCAUAGAACCCGCAAAAUUUGGAGGCCAUGGAAUUUGUGACACUGUUGCCAGGACUGUGACUCUCAACGAUGCAACAGAUAGUGCCAAAGUGAUUGGGAAAGAGACACUGAAUAUGUUUCACACAAUGAAAUUAAACAUUUCUGAUAUGAGAGGGGUUGGAAUUCAAGUGAACCAAUUAAUUCCAGUCAAUAAAACAACGUUAGCAGUUCCUUCUCACUCAUUGUUGCAGUCUGGAUCCUUGCCCGGUGGAUCUAAUUCUAUUACUGAUUUUUUACAAGCUCCAAAAAUUAUGAAGAAUUUAGAGCAAGAUCACAAGAAAGUAUUUGUGGCUCCUGUGGAUGUCAAAAUAUCUACCACAUCGAAAGCACAUACAACACUGCCAUCUCUAACAUCUAAUGUCAGCCAUGUUACCAGCAAAUCUUCGUCUGAAGUUAAUUUGAAUGGUUUGCACCCACCUACGGUUAUAAAAUCCAAACUUAAUAUAAGUAUUGAGGUACCUCCACCUUCCCAGCUUGAUCAGUCUGUUCUGGAAGCUCUCCCUUCUGAUCUUCAAGAACAAAUACAGCAAAUGUAUUCCCUUCAACAAGCAGAGACGGGCAGUAGUAGUAAGAAGGAACCAGUAAAUGGCUACAACACUACAGUUCCACAACAGCCAGUUGGAGCUGUUCUUUUACAAAUACCAGAUCUCAAAGAAUCAAGUGGUGAUAUGGGAAUUAAUGUAAUAGCUCUGCCAGCAUUUUCCCAGGUGGAUCCCGAAGUUUUUGCUGCACUACCUGCAGAGUUGCAAGCAGAGCUCAGACAGGCAUAUGAUCAAAGGCAAAAACAUACAGAGAAUGUUUUUCAGUAUGCAAGUGCUACGGUAUCAAAGAAUCCUUUACUGAAUUUGAAACCAUUUACAAAAAGUAAGAAAAAAAGCAGGGGAAAAAACCAAGUAAGUCCAGUAAAAAAGCACCACAGCCCUUUGAAAAACAAGCUCUUUGGGAGCCCUUCUAAGAAUACGAUUGCUUCUGCUGAAAGCCCGCAGAAAUUAAUGGAUGAUUACUUAAAACAGGAGGGAAAGACCACUGACAACUCUCAGGUGGAAUUAAUGCAAGCUACUAUAGAUACUUCUAGCCCAUCUGUUUCGCAGCCAUUACUAUCUGCCAUUACUAGGCCUCAGGCCCCUAAUCUAGCGGGAGCAGUUGAGUUCAGUGAUGUAAAGGCAUUGCUCAGAGAAUGGAUAACAACUAUAUCAGAUCCCAUGGAGGAAGACAUUCUGCAAGUUGUAAAGUAUUGUACUGAUCUGAUAGAAGAAAAAGAUUUAGAAAAGCUGGAUCUGGUCAUAAAGUAUAUGAAAAGGCUAAUGCAGCAGUCUGUGGAAUCAGUUUGGAACAUGGCAUUCGACUUCAUUCUUGACAAUGUUCAAGUGGUUUUGCAGCAAACCUAUGGAAGCACAUUAAAAGUUAUCUAAACUGACUUUGUAGGGGAAGGAUGUGGUGGGAGCCUGGAGCUCUCUGGUAGCUGUGCCAUAAGUGCUUGUGAGGUAUUUGCAAAGUGCAUGAUAGUAAAGCUAAGUUUUUAUAAGUUGAAAUUUUUUUUAAAGAAGAAAGUGUUUUGUACAUUUCCUUUGAAGAAAGUGCCAAAAUUUGUCAGUAUUGCAUGUAAAUAAUUGUGUUCAAAUUCUUUCAUUGUAGU